AUGUCACUGCUGGCGACCCUGGGGCUGGAGCUGGACAGGACCCUGCUCCCAGCUAGUGGGCUGGGCUGGAUCGUAGACUAUGGGAAACUCCCCCUGGCCCCUGCCCCCCUGGGCCCCUAUGAGGUCCUUGGGGGAUCCCUGGAGGGCGGGCUUCCAGUGGGGGGAGAGCCCCUGGCAGGAGAUGGCUUUUCUGACUGGAUGACUGAGCGGGUUGACUUCACGGCCCUCCUCCCUCUGGAUCCCCCCUUGCCACCUGGAGCCCUUCCCCCACCUUCCCCACCCCCACCUGACCUGGAAGCCAUGGCCUCCCUCCUCAAGAAGGAGCUGGAACAGAUGGAAGACUUCUUCCUUGAUGCCCCACUCCUGCCGCCACCCUCCCCACCUCCGCCACCCCCACAAGCUCCUCCUCUCCCUUUCCCCACCUUUGACCUCCCUCAGCCCCCUGCCCUGGAUACCCUCGACUUGCUGGCCAUCUACUGCCGCAGUGAGACUGGGCAGGGGGAUGCUGUGGGGUUGGCACCCUUGCCCCCACCACAGCAAUCCCCUCUUCCUCCACCUCAGCCCUGUCGCCCAGCCCCCUACCCCAACCCCGCCACCACCCGAGGGGACCGCAAGCAGAAGAAGAGAGACCAGAACAAGUCAGCAGCUCUGAGGUACCGCCAGAGGAAGAGGGCAGAGGGUGAGGCCCUGGAGGGCGAGUGCCAGGGGCUGGAGGCUCGGAACCGGGAGCUGAGGGAGAGGGCUGAGUCGGUGGAGCGGGAGAUCCAGUACGUCAAGGAUCUGCUCAUCGAAGUGUACAAGGCUCGAAGCCAGAGGACGCGCAACAGCUAG